AUGUCGACACUUGAGCCUAUUGCGAUUGUUGGAAUCUCUGUCGAGUUUCCGAGUGGCCAACACAGUACCUCAAACCUCGAUCAUGAAGCAUUCUUCCAGUUCUUGUUGGACAAAAAAGAGUCUUAUGAGAAGUUCCCUACAACUCGGUUCAAAGAAGAAAUCCACAAAGGCCCAAAUCUAGGAGAAGUCAUCACCGAUGUAGGAUCCUUUCUGAAGGAUAUCGCGGAUUUCGACUAUGUUGAAUUUGGGAUCACAGCAAAGGACGCAAAGGCAAUGGCCGUCUCGACGCGCAAGCUGAUCGAAACUACAUUCUUGGCUUUACUGGACUCGGGCAUUGACUAUCGCAACCGCAAUGUAGGAUGCUAUAUGGCGGCGGUGGCAUUCGAUACAACAACCAUCGGACAUGCAGAUGAACUUGAACCACGAGGCACAUUUGCUGGCUAUCCAUACAUGGUUGCCAACAAGAUUUCAUACCACCUUGAUCUUCUUGGCCCCUCUAUCCCACUAGACACAGCAUGCAGCUCGACGAUGACAGCCGUACAUCUAGCAGUUCAGGCAUUAAGAUCAGGAGACUGUGAAGCUGCAGUAGUUGGGGGCUGUCAAUUAAACCAUCGUUAUCUCGACUUUAUUCAGUAUAGUCAAGGCUCAAUUUUAGCACCUGAUGGAAAAUGCAAACCAUUUGAUGUUUCUGCAAAUGGAUUUUCUCGCAGUGAAGGAGUUGGUGUAAUUGUUCUCAAACCUUUAUCCAGGGCAUUAAAGGAGGGAGAUCAUAUUUAUGCAUCAAUCUUGGGUACAGGUAUCAACAAUUCUGGAAGUGAAGCACCAGUCUAUGCACCUGUAGCAUCAGCUCAAAUUGAUGCUAUGAGAAGGGCAUAUAAGGACACAGGACGGAAUCCUACUGAAGUUGAUUAUGUAGAGUUACAUGCAACAGGCACAGCAGCAGGAGAUCCAAUAGAAGCAAAUUGGGUUGGCUCUAUAUUUGGACGGAAUAAUGAACUAGUGGUUGGUAGUGUAAAAGGCAGCAUUGGGUAA